AUGGGAGGGGAACAGCAAGAACGGGACCGCGAUGCUAUUGCAGACCUGAUCGUCACCUACAAUGAACUCAACAGCUCCUUCAUCGAGGAGCUCCACGAAGAGCCCAGUGCGCUCGAGUUUAUGAGAUUCGUAGCUAGGAACACCCCUUUUGUCGUAAGAGGCGGUGCCGCAAACUGGAAGGCAACCCAGACAUGGACCGCCGAGUAUCUUUCCAAUUUCCUUGGGGAUGAGACGGUCAAUGUUGCCGUUACUCCUUUUGGAAACGCCGACGCCCCAACUGUCCACCCCGAAACCGGCGCUUUAGUCUUCGCCAAACCUCACGAAGAAGACCAGUCCUUCAGCGACUUCCUCACCUAUGUGAUUCACCAAGAAAAGACCCAAGGACUUCGCAAGUCCGAGGUUCGCUAUGCUCAAACCCAAAACGACAACCUUCGACAAGAAUACUCCUCCCUCUACAGCGCCGUGCCCCCCACCAUCCCCUGGGCGCGCAUCGCCUUAUCAGAUCCCCAUCGCCUCGGUCCCGACGAGGAGGCCCAGCCAGAAGCCAUCAACCUCUGGAUCGGCAACUCCUUGUCCACCACCGCUUUACACAAGGACAACUACGAGAACGUCUAUGUCCAGAUCAGGGGGAGGAAACACUUUGUGCUGUUGCCGCCGCACUGUUUGCCUUGUGUGAAUGAGAGAGAAUUGGAGAGCGGGGGUUAUGUGAGGAGGAAGCAGAAAGGAGAAAACGGGGAUGGGGAAGGGGAUGAGAAUGGAGAGGAGGAGAUUGGUGAUAAAGGGGGUUUGAAACUGGUAAUGGAAAAGGACUCGGAAACAGGCAAAGAAGUCACAGUCCCUUUCGCAAUUUGGGACCCCGAUAAGCCCGAGGAGAACGCGACGAGGUAUUCGAAACUGGCGGAGCCGAUGAGGGUGACGCUGGAGGAGGGGGAUAUGCUUUAUUUGCCUGCUAUGUGGUGGGUCCAUUCCUCUAGUGAGCAAGAGCUAGUGAGUAUCACAAGGUCUCACAGUCUUGCUCGCAAGAAGGGAUUUGCGUUGCUGUGA